CUGAACGAUGAGCUGCACCACUCCGGCUGGAACACGUGCAGCAGCUGCCACGGUGACGCCACCAAAGUGCGGGACAAGCUGAUCCUCCCGUGCCUCAUCUCCUCCCGCGUCUACGUGGUGGACGUGGGCACCGACCGCCGGGCCCCUCGCAUCCACAAGGUGGUGGAGCCGGGGGAGGUGCACAAGAAGUGUGGCCUGGGGAACCUGCACACCUCCCACUGCCUGGGGUGCGGGGAGAUCAUGAUCAGCGCUCUGGGGGACCCCGCCGGCAACGGCAAAGGAGGCUUCGUGCUGCUGGAUGGAGAAACCUUCGAGGUGAAGGGGAACUGGGAGGUGGCGGGCAAUUCUGCGCCCUUCGGGUACGACUUCUGGUACCAACCGCGCCACAAACGUCAUGAUCAGCACCGAGUGGGGGGCCCCGAAAAUCCUCUCCAAGGGGUUCAACAUUGAGGAUGUGAAGGCGGGACACUAUGGUCACCAUAUCCACAUCUGGGACUGGACCCGGCACACCCGCAUACAGACGCUGGACCUGGGGGAGGACGGAAUGAUUCCCCUGGAGAUCAGGUUCCUGCACAACCCCGACGCUGAGCAGGGAUUCGUGGGCUGCGCGCUCAGCGCCUCCAUCUUCCGCUUCUACAAGACGGCGGAUGGAAAGUGGGCGGCUGAGAAGGUCAUCCAGGUGCCCCCUAAGAAGGUGGAGGGCUGGGCGCUGCCAGAGAUGCCAGGGCUCAUCUCGGAUAUCCUGAUUUCUCUGGACGAUCGCUUCCUCUACUUCUGCAACUGGCUGCACGGCGACAUCAGGCAGUAUGACAUCACCCGACCCGUGUCACCCCAAACUGGUGGGGCAGAUCUUUCUUGCUGGCAGCAUUCUCAAGGGCGGGGCAGUGAAGGUGCUGGAAGAUAAGGAUCUAAAAUGUCAGCCGGAACCCGUAUUCAUCAAGGGGAAGAAGAUUCCCGGGGGGCCCCAGAUGAUCCAACUCAGCCUGGAUGGGAAGAGGCUCUACGCCACAACCUCGCUGUACAGCGCCUGGGACAAGCAGUUCUACCCGGACAUGAUCAAGGAAGGGUCCGUCAUGAUGCAGUAUUUGAUGUGGAUACAAGAGCAGGGCGACUUCUCAGUCACAACGAGAUAACUUCCUGGUGUACUUUCGUGAAGGAAACCAGAUGGUCCCUGUUCUCGCCCAAUUGAAGUGAGCCGCUAUGAGGGAGAGAGAACUGCAGCUCCGACAUCUUGGAUCU